CAAAACAUGACUAUAGGAAGCAGAGGAAAGGAAUUUUUUGUUUUGUUCAUGGCGAAUAUAGAAUUUACGGCGAAAAAUGUCUAUGUAACAUCUGAAAAUGGAGUUCAAAUGAACAUUACAACAUCCCCUCGUCUUGACAUUUUAUUAAAGGCAAAGAUUGACAGAAAUAUACUUAUUCCCUCUAGUCAGCAUAUCACUCUUCCGCAAGAAUUGGAACUUCAGAGUUUUCAAAAAGAAGAGAAGUCAGUUUUAAUUGAAACUUCCAGUGAUGUUUUUGUCAUUAGUCACGAUAAUGGAUAUGCCAGUGUCGGAAGCACUACGCAUAUACCACUGCAUAAACUGUCAAAUAAAUAUGUAGUUGUGUCAUCAAAGCCAACAAUCAAUAGAAAUAGCCAGUUAGCUGUGUCUGCUAUUGAAGAUAAUACUACUAUUUCAGUCACUUACAAGAUGAAACGGAACAUGCCUUUGGUUAUUGAUGGAAAAGCAUAUUACAACGGUGACGUUUUUAACGUAUCUCUCAAUCGCUUUCAAACAUAUCAGAUUGAGCACGUUACUGAUUUAACUGGAACGCUGGUUGAAUCGUCGUCUCCUAUUGCAGUAUUUUCGGGCAAUAAUUGCAAUAAACUUGAGAAUAUAGGUGCUUGCGAUCACCUUAUUGAACAGUUACCACCAACUGACAGUGUUGACAGUACAUAUAUUGUGCCUCCUAAUAUGAAUGACAGGGACACACUUAUACGUAUUACAGCGAUAGAAAACGCAAACAUUACCUACAUGAUCGGUCAUGUAACUCAAACUCUAUUUUUAUACGAGUUUGAUUCUUUUGACACUAAAAUAGCAAGCAAUCAGGUAUGUUUCAUUGAAUCGAAAAGGCCUAUUUUAGUUACAGCAUUCGGUUUAGGUUCGAAUACACCACCGUUAGGUGACCCAUCUAUGACAAUCGUACCAGGAAUCAAUCAGUACUUAGAUUAUUAUAAAAUAGUUGUACCGCUAGGGUAUGACUAUAACUACGUAUCCAUAAUGAUACGGGAGUCAUCUAAAGAUGUAUUCCGUGUGAAUGGUACGGCAAUAGAGGAAAGCGAUAUUGUUUUUGAAGAAAACAUUUCGAUUCGUAACAUAACAUACAACGUAAGAUCAAUACGUGUCGCUGAAGGGGAACUUACUGCAUCUACUAUGAACGGAGAUCGAUUCGGAUUGAUUUUUGCGGGCGUUACUGACUACGAAGCUUAUGGAUUUUCCGGAAAUUCGCUGCUUCUUUAA